UCCCUUUCGCUUGACAAAUUACAAAAGAAGCGCCAACGAAUUUGGAUCCAAUUCUCUCUUCUUCACAAAUUCCUUCUAUCAAAUUUCUCUCUUCCUCCAGAGGCCACCGAACGCGCGAGGAGUAAAGGGGAUAAUACAAUCAUGGAUCGACUCAAGAACGCUGCUCGUCUCAUGGUAGUUUCAGAUCUUGAUCACACAAUGGUUGACCAUCAUGAUCCUGAGAACUUCUCUCUGCUUAGGUUUAAUACGUUAUGGGAAGCUAUUUAUCGUAAUGAUUCGCUUCUAGUUUUCUCAACUGGAAGGUCACCUACACUUUACAAGCAGUUAAGGAAAGAGAAACCCAUGAUAACUCCAGAUAUAACCAUAAUGUCUGUGGGAACUGAGAUAACAUAUGGUCCUUCAAUGGUUCCGGAUGAUGGCUGGGUUGAAGUUCUUAAUCAGAAAUGGAACAGGAAGAUAGUUACAGAGGAAGCAAGCAAGUUCCCCGAACUUACACUUCAGUCAGAAACUGAGCAACGACCACAUAAGGUUAGCUUCUACGUUGAUAAGAAUAAGGCUGAGACAGUAACAAAACAACUUUCAGAGAUUUUCAAAAACCGUGGGUUGGAUAUUAAAAUAAUUUACAGUGGAGGUAUGGAUUUGGAUAUAUUACCCCAAGGUGCUGGCAAAGGACAAGCUCUUGCAUACUUGCUUAAGAAGUUUAAGACUGAGGGAAAACUUCCAACUAGCACACUUGUCUGUGGUGAUUCCGGAAAUGAUGCUGAGCUAUUCAGCAUUCCAGACGUAUAUGGAGUCAUGGUUAACAAUGCACAAGAAGAAUUGUUGAAGUGGCAUGCUGAAAAUGCUAAAAAUAACCCUAAGAUAAUCCAUGCAACAGAGAGGUGUGCCGCUGGGAUCAUAGAAGCCAUUGGUCAUUUCAAUCUUGGUCCAAAUAAAUCUGAAAGGGAUGGUGUAGACUUAACGGAAUACAAGAUGAAAAACCCCUCUCCUGCACAUGACCUAGUGAAUGUUUACUUGUUUUAUGAGAGAUGGAGGCGUGCAGAGGUUGACAAUUCAGAGAUCUAUCUUGCAUCCUUGAAAGGUUCUUGUUGUCCAUGUUCUGUUUGGGUGCAUCCAUCUGGUGUUGAGUUAUCUCUUAAUAGCGCAAUAAGUGUACUUAGAAAGUGCUAUGGAGACCAACAGGGAAAACAGUUUCGAGUUUGGGUGGAUCAAGUAAUAACCACACAAGUUGGUCCAGGCACAUGGUUUGUGAAGUUUCAUAAAUGGGAGUCAUAUGGUGAGGCGAGGCGAGGUACCUUGGUCACCGUGGUAAUAAGCGCAAAGGAGGGUGAUGCAUUUGAUGGGUACACUUAUAUGCACGUGCAUCAGACAUGGGUGGAAGAAGCAGAAGAAACCGAUCUGCCAAUUUGGUUCUGAAAGUUGUUGCUCUUACUUAUGUUAAAUGUUUUGCCUUAGAAUAAGGGGGUUGUUUGUUUUUUUAACAAAACAACUUAGUUCAUCUUAGUUUUAACUACUAAGAUGAUUUAGUUUUGCGUAAUUUUCAAUUUUUUAAAUCAUUAAAAGAAUAAUAAAUUUAUAUAUACCCCCAAAAAUAACAUCCAAAUGCUCUGCAACAGCCAGUAUUCUCUUUCAAUUUAUUCAUGAUCAAGUU